AUGUCAGACUUGAUCGAGCCUGAUUUUGAUGAUCUGCUGGCCACCCCUGAGCUUGCUUCGGACGGCAAUGGAUUACAUGGUCGUUCCGGGCCCCGGGUUGGCCGCGGUACGCUGGAUGAAUCAAUUGCUGCCACGCUGAAAAGAGAUGUGCUACAAAUAAAUUCAAGACUGAAACAAGUCGUCUACCCUCACUUUCCGCUCAGACAGCUUCGCGGACGUUCCGAUCCUGAGUCUAUGAUGCCAGAAAACACCAGUGGUCCAAUAAGCAGUCUCCAAGACCACUGCGCUGAUCUUUGGGCACCUUUAUUGUUUACGAUUUCUUACAGCGUUGCACUAUCUCGGGCGAGCGAGCAAUUUUCCAGUUUCUUUGUGCUGGCCUGGUCUGCAAUUUCAAUAAUGGCUGUCCAUUUGACUUUGAUAAAACCACCCCAGAGUCAGAAAAAUGGCGGGAAUCUUCCAUUAUUAGCAGCAAUCUCAACUUGUGGCUACUGUCUGUUUCCGCACGUUUUGAACGCUGUGCUUAGCGCCUUGUUAUUUCCACUUUUCACUGCUGCGGUAUUAAAGGAAGACUGGCGAUUUCGCACGCUGACAAUUUUGAGAGUAGUUACAUUCGCAAUAUUUUCUUUCUGGUCACUGAACUCUGCUUUGAAGGCUACUAGAGUGACCGGUCGGACGGAUCGAUUUCCAUUAGUAUUGGUUCUUGUAGUGUUGAGUUGGCCGUGUGUGGUUUCCUGA